AUGUCAUACUCAUCGCAACGAUACGAUCUUGACGCUGCGGCUGCCAAGAGGCGCUCUCAGUCCUUUUCGCAAAACAAUGAUCACAGAAAACCUGAUUCAAGGUAUCGAAAUCAGCGUUAUACCAGUCGCGACCAUGAUCACUACUACCGCGCGCCAAGCGUGUCACGCUCACCAUCUUACUCAAGAGCAGAACGCCCGUACACGAGCGGCGAAGAACGAUCUCAGCCCAGAAAAGAGGAUCGUACCAGAACGGAGGAACGUUCCCGUCCAGAGAGACAGAACUCUCGUGCAAAGAGGGAAGAAGUCAAAACAUCCCUCAACAGUGGCCGGGCGUCGCAGGCGACCUCCAGAGCUUCAACGUAUGGUACUUACAUCUUGCCUCUCACAUCACAAGGAGUGUAUCGAACCGCAGACCCUACAAAAUGCAGUUGCAAUUGUUGCCCGCAUCCGAUGAGCAUAGCCCACAAUCACAAUAACCACCGUCGAACCCCUGAUAUGCGUCACAAUGGCACGAAAUCCAGGCGCAACACAUGCAACUCUGAGGGCAGGUACCUCAUUCAGGUAAAGGACAAGUCGACGGGACCGUUGAAUCGCGAAAAUGGCCCUUCGUAUCCGAUUUCACUUAAUCCACGUACAUCAUGUGAUCGCAUUGCAUCUUUCUUGGCCCCCGACAAGCGACACGCCAAGGUCAUCGUGCAUUGGGAUGACGGCAGGAUGGAGAAUCUCGGCAAACAAAUUCCAAUGGACGAGUUGAUACGACAUGCUGAGUAUCUCGAGGUCAAGGAGGUGAAGCGAGUUCACUGGGCGGCGUGA